CGCGGACGGACUGCGACGGCGAUGGGCGCGGGGUGAGUGGAGGUGGCUGCGGUCUCGGGCUGUCCUUCGUUGCUUGUUGGAGCUGCAGGAGAAGGGGUCAGGCUGAGGAACCACGCGGAGCCAGCGCCCGGCCUUUCCGCCGCCCCGCGCGGUCUCUGCGGCCAGUUCCGGGCCCUGCUUCGCGGCGUCUGCUCCCGGGCUCCCCUCGUUCCGCGGCUCGGGGUCGUCGGCCGCGCGUAAACACCACGAUUUCGGCCCUUCCCUGGGCCCUGUUCGUCCCCUCUACCCAUGAGAGACUUCCCGAUCAAAAAUUUUGUUUUGGGCUGAUUUUAAGCAUUUUUCUGUUCGUAGCUGUGUGUUUGCACUCUGACUGGGAACACUGGGAUCACUUUCAUCAUGCCAACAGUGGUGGUAAUGGACGUAUCCCUUUCCAUGACCCGACCCGUGUCUAUUGAGGGGUCUGAAGAAUAUCAACGCAAGCACCUAGCUGCCCAUGGUUUGACGAUGCUGUUUGAGCACAUGGCCACAAAUUAUAAGCUCGAGUUUACAGCCCUGGUGGUUUUUUCAUCACUCUGGGAGCUGAUGGUUCCCUUCACAAGAGAUUACAACACACUUCAGGAAGCACUAAGUAAUAUGGAUGAUUAUGAUAAAACCUGCUUGGAAUCUGCAUUAGUUGGUGUUUGCAAUAUUGUUCAGCAAGAAUGGGGUGGUGCAAUUCCUUGCCAGGUUGUUCUGGUGACAGAUGGCUGUCUUGGCAUUGGUAGAGGGUCACUGCGGCAUUCCCUAGCUACUCACAGUCAACGAAGCGAGAGCAACAGGUUUCCACUACCUUUUCCUUUCCCAUCUAAGUUAUACAUCAUGUGCAUGGCAAAUUUGGAGGAGCUUCAGAGUACUGAUUCUUUGGAUUGCCUUGAACGUCUCAUAGAUUUAAACAAUGGUGAAGGGCAGAUUUUUACUAUUGAUGGCCCCCUGUGCUUGAAAAAUGUACAGUCUAUGUUUGGAAAACUAAUAGAUCUAGCAUAUACGCCUUUCCAUGCUGUUCUCAAGUGCGGCCAUCUAACCGCUGAUGUGCAAGUCUUCCCCAGACCAGAGCCUUUUGUUGUAGAUGAGGAAAUCGAUCCCAUUCCUAAAGUCAUCAACACAGAUUUGGAAAUAGUGGGAUUUAUUGAUAUAGCUGAUAUUUCUAGUCCCCCAGUUCUGUCCAGACAUCUGGUCCUACCAAUAGCACUUAACAAAGAAGGUGAUGAGGUGGGUACUGGAAUAACUGAUGACAAUGAAGAUGAAAACUCAGCCAAUCAGAUUGCAGGCAAAAUACCCAACUUUUGUGUCCUGCUCCAUGGCAGCCUAAAAGUGGAAGGAAUGGUGGCAAUAGUUCAAUUAGGUCCUGAAUGGCAUGGAAUGCUCUACUCCCAAGCUGACAGCAAGAAGAAAUCAAACCUCAUGAUGUCUCUCUUUGAGCCUGGCCCAGAACCUCUCCCAUGGCUAGGGAAAAUGGCACAGUUGGGUCCUAUUUCAGAUGCUAAAGAAAACCCUUAUGGUGAAGAUGACAAUAAGAGCCCAUUCCCCCUGCAGCCCAAAAACAAACGCAGUUAUGCCCAGAAUGUGACUGUCUGGAUCAAACCCAGUGGCCUACAGACAGACGUACAGAAGAUUUUAAGAAAUGCAAGGAAACUACCUGAAAAAACACAGACAUUCUAUAAGGAGCUAAACCGUUUACGAAAGGCCGCCCUGGCAUUUGGUUUCCUGGACCUGCUCAAAGGGGUGGCUGACAUGCUGGAAAGGGAGUGCACACUGCUGCCCGACACAGCGCACCCAGACGCUGCAUUCCAGUUGACCCAUGCUGCCCAGCAACUCAAGCUCGCCAGUACCGGCACCUCCGAGUAUGCUGGGUAUGAGCACAACAUCACACCUUUGCACACAGACUUCUCCGGAAGCAGCACCGAAAGAAUGUAAAGCUGACUUUGGGAGCCUUCCUUCUUUUGUCAUUCCAGGUGAAAAUGAUUUAGGGUAAAAACUUUUUAGUUUGUUCACCUCUGCAGGAGCCACCCGAAGAACUCCGAGGCUGUCUCAGAAGCACCACUUGCUGGUUUCAGUGACUCUGCUAGAGUCUGAGGGAGGUUCCGAAGAGUGGUUGCCAGUUUGGGCUUUGACUUUAGCUUUUGGGGGCUGAGUCUUUAAGCCCAAAAAAACGCUGUUGCUCCCACAAUGGGCACAUCUCAGAAACUUAAAGGACUAUUGAGCACAGAGCUCUCUCCCACUUCCUCAGGAAAUCUAACCAGCAAGGGCUCUCCAGCUUCCUGAAAGGCACCUUUUUCCUCUUCUCUCUCAACCAUAAGGACACUUUCAGGCUCCUGUCCUUAGAAUGAGUAGCCCAGACUGUCUGGGGCUUGCUAAAUACAAGCCCAACACCUAAUUAAGCUUCAGAACUUUCCUUAGAACUUGGGCAAAAACUUGGUGGUAACCCUUUGGUGCUUUUGGUAUGUCUUGAGAUACAGACUUUUAAACAGCAACCAUAAAUGUAUAAAAUGAUUCCUGUUUCUUCAAGUUGUUUUUGUUUUUUUUUUUUAAUGAAAAUAAAAUACUUGAUUUUCUAUGAAAUGGAUUCACUGGGAAGCUAAUGGGUCUUUGCCUUUUGGUCUGUCCUAUCACCUGUGUAUAAUUUCGGCUUCCUAAGCGGCACAGGUUCAUAAGUACCCAGAGUUCCUUGGGUUCCACAUGGACUUCCUUGUUUCUGACAUUGGUUAGGUCUCUGCCUAAGCCAGGUUCCACCCGUGGAUUCUGACGGAUCACUGUGGUCAGUUACAGUACCUUUUCAUUAGCUAGCUUCAUGAUAUUAGGCAAGUCACAUAACUUCACCAAGCUUUGUUUAUGUCAUCGAUACUUUUCAAAUUGUUCUGUGGACUUCCUAAGGUAUUACUCCCUCCCUCGGGCUUUAACCCGAGCAACCAUUUUAACAUGCUAUAUAAUGUUUUCCCUGAACAAAGGACUUAUCAUUAACAACUUGAAAACCUAUCAGACUAAAUGAUCUUUAAACACAAGUUAUUAGGAUUUUGAUUGUAAAUGUUUAAUAGAAAUACACAAUCUUUUGCUUUCUCAGACAGCAAUAAAGGAGUUUUAACAAUCACUAAGAAUACAGGAUUCUGCCACAAAGAUGCAGCAUAUACUGCAAAACUGAUCUGUCCAAAUAAACAUAGAAAGUCAAUUGAAAGAACAACGGAAGUUAACACAAACAAGUGUUGACAGAAGUUACAGACAUGCAAAAUACCCCUCAGUGCAGUGAACUUAUAAAAAUCAGCCAGCCUAUGCUAAUCAGAUGUUUUUAGGUCAAACCAAGUUUCCAUAUUGGACUCAGAGAAACAGCAUAACUCACUGAGUCCCCCUUUCCCAAGAACAGUAGGAAUGGCAGAACAGAAAGAGCUAUCAUGCUCUUAAAUUCUUUAAUACAAGCAUUACUUCUAACAUAUUUUACUUGGUUAACUUGGAAUGUAUUAGAGGAAACAAUGUUUUUGACAAUGACCAAACUUUACAACGUCUGGAUUUUCCUCAGUUCCUCUGUUGGUGGGUUUCCUGCCAGGAAGCUUUGUUAAGCUUCUCCAGCCAAAGUUCUCACUCUGUUUUUACCGUCUGACGGCAGACAGGUGAAACCAGAGAAAGCAGGUGUUUUUGAGGUCAGUUCUACCAGUCACUCUGACAGGUACACGAGUAAAUGGACUCAGCCAGUGCGGAGGAUGAUAGCAAGGUUUUUUAUGUAUGUGCACAGCCUGAGGCCAUUUUGUAGGUCUGUUUUGUCUGCUCCCAGGUUGCCACAGGCUGCACUGCCAGCCGCUGUCUUACUGCCAGUUUCACCCUCUGACACCCUGUAGCCAUUUGGGUUUGGAACUCUUAUAAUCUCAUUGUUUUCUAACUAAUGUUUCAUCUUUCUCUAGUGUUGAAAAUAGUUCUGAUUUAGCCAGGAAUGAAGUAAGUGAUCAUGGUGUUCCAAGGUUCUGACCGGUUUCUCCCAAAUCAUUCCAUGCCUCUCCCGUGCACACACAGGUAAGCACGUAGCAGGUGGUGUUAGAGGCCAAAAGAUUCAGAGGUAAUAGGUGUUCUCUAGCUCCACUCAGACUCAGAAAUGUUUUAUCAAUGACUGAGUUGAACUUGGUUUUCCAAAAAUCAAUGCCACCCCACUUAACAAGCAACUCCUUGGAUACAGAAUGGAUCCAAGGUCCUGCCUGAGUCACUUUCACAGCCCCCUGUAGAGGCAACAGUGGUUUUUUUCUUGCAAGCAACAGCUGAAAAGAACAAUUCCCAGCUAUAAGAAUGGCCAGUACCUGGUAGGGUUAGGGCACUGAAGAAAUAUCUCUGGCCCGUGUGAGAGUGACAGGACAAGGAGUGUGUGGGGGUAGGGCUGAGUCUUUUGCGGUCAUUAAUGGAACACACAAGAACAAACCUGUCCUCAGAUACCAGGAACCCAUGUCAUGCAAGUACUACACUAAGAUAGUUCGGUAAAUUCAGGAAUGUUAUGGGGGAAAAGGGAAGAUAGCUUCACUGAGAAUUUAAUCAUUUAACUUUAAAAAAACUUUUACAUCAGUACAAGAAGGUAAAACUGUAAGAAUUAUAGAUUAGGCUCAAACUGGCAAGGAAUCCUCUCAAUCUUUGUUUUCAGUGGACCUUUUUCUUUUUUUGUCCAUAGCGCCGCCUGCGCUGUUUAUAAAGGUGACGAAAAUUUAUGUACAACCCU